AUUUCAUACGCGAAGCGCGCCACCCGCACGCGAGAUCGUCGGCUUUCUUGUUACGGUUAUAUACGUAAAUAAUAAAUAAAUUCUGAAUGGAAAGUUUUUAAAAUUUUAUGGAGCAUUGCAUUGUGGAUACAAAUUUUUACAAUGGAGCUGUGGAUAAUAUUAUGCGUAAUACCCACGUUUGUUACGACGAUAACGAUCUCACCAAAUGGAAACAGUCCAGAAACGAAAAUGAUUGGGGGAAUGAUGGUCGAUGCACAAAAAAGGAAUACGGAAACGAUUGUUAAGCAUGAAACACUUCAAAGAAAUACAAUUACAACAAAUAAGGUUUUCCAAGCAAAUUCUUCCCAGUUGGCAAUAAAUGAGAGAUAUAGAAGACUUAUACCUUAUAUGACGUUUUAUUAUGCUAACGAUUUAGUGACACCAACAACAGAAUCUUAUGAUAGUGAUAACAAUGUUCAAGUUGAAAAAGCAAAAAUAGUCGAAGCCGGAACAAUUAUACCAACUGAACGUCAACCGAAAAUAAUAUACACUCCACAAAGGUUCAAGAAUGUUCCAAUAUAUCAAGGAAAUCGCUUAACAAAAUUUAACAUAGCUUCAUCGAAUCCAAAUAAGUUCUUUUAUAAGGAUUUUGUACCUGUUGUUUAUCAAAAUCCAUCAAAAAUAAAAACCACUCAUCCUCCGGAACUAUCCGAACAAAACGUUUAUGACAGAGAUGUUACAUAUGAUUACUAUAUUCCGAAACAAAUCAAGGCUCCGAGUGCUCCUUUUUCUGCUCCUCCACGAAAACCAUUCUUGAAUUUAUAUCAAAAUGAAGAUUAUUUACCGAAUGUUCAAUAUUUCUCUGAACCAGAAAGACCAAAAUACAAGUUAAUUCCUUAUGAGCAGACUCCACCCAUUCAGAGUUCUAAUAUUCUUUCAUCAAAACAACACUAUAGUUUACCUGCAAUAGCACAAAAAGAACCUAUUUAUAUAAAAACGAGACCUUCUCUCCGUCCACAGCCUUUUUACGUAAAUCAACAAUUGCAAGCGAGAAAACCACCUGCGACAAUAACGGAAAAUUAUUACGAGAGAAGAAAACCGGUGUCUGUGUUGGUUGAACCAGUUGUAGAAAGUGGAUUUAAGCCUAUACUCAGUUCCGCAGAGUCGACUGAAGUUCCUCAAACUCAAGACGAGGUACAAGUACAUUUUCAAAAUUUAAAAACUGAUAAAGAACAACAGUUGCAUGUUAUUGAAUCAGAAACCAUUACUCCUGAAGAUGCAACGUCAAAACCACAAUACUCUAUUGAACAAGCUACAUAUGAACAAACCCCAUACAAACAAUCACAAAAUUCUGUGACACUAGCAGAACUUUUAAAUUCAUUACAAAUAAACAAGUCUAUUCCAAAACCAAUUACAAGGGAAAAUAUUAGUGCUUCAAUAAGAACAUUAUUACAAGUAUUAAAUACCUUAAAAGCCACCAAUAUGCAGAAUGAAGUUGAAGCGGCUGCUGUUAGUACACCAAAAUCUCUUGAAAACUCUGAAAUUCCACUGAAGACCCCAAGUCAAAUUCCGAGUACGACUUCACCACCACAAGAAUUUUACGAAGAACCUUAUCUUGCUCCUAUUCACACUCCGUCACAACAUUUAGAUGACUAUCCAACCGGUGGUGGAACAUCUCAACGGUUUCCUCUUCCCGUGACUUCAGAUGAAGAGGGUGGAACUCCUGGUCACCCUGGUAUUGACUAUCCAAUUUUAACUGUGAUACCACCAACAAAAUUUAAUUGCAAAACACAACGAUAUAAGGGUUUCUUCGCCGAUCCCGAAACAAGAUGUCAAGUAUGGCAUUAUUGUGAUCUAAACGGCGGUCAAGCUUCAUUCCUCUGUCCAAAUGGAACAAUAUUCUCACAAGCGGCUUUAACCUGUGAUUGGUGGUUCAAUGUGAAAUGCGCCUCCACUGCACAGCUCUAUGUUCUUAACGAAAGCCUGUAUAAAUACAUUUUGCCACACUCACCUAAAUUUCCCGAAGAUUACAGUGGUCCUUUAGUUGAUAAAUACCUCACAUUAAAAUUCAAGGAAAUGGAAGAACAGUUUAAGAAAAAUAAAAAUAAAAAAGUAGCAUCAGAAAAACUUGAUUCUGACGAAGAAUCCACUUCAACAGAAACAACGGAAAAAGAUAGUCCUACUGAAGGAAGCUCUGGCAUUGAUAAAACUUUAGUAAACCAAGCUGACGUUAUAGUAGAAUCGUCAGGAAACAGUGGUAACGUUCAAAGACUACAAAACGAAUGAUUUUUUUACUAUGUUUUACUGCGAACAAAAGUAUCAUUAUCUGCUGUUAACAUUUAUAAAUCUUGGUAUUACAAAAUGUCAAAAAUC